UCGGAGGGUGUGAUGGGUCCUGUCCCUUUGGGGAGGAGCAAAGUGCCAAAAGCCUUUGGAUAAAGCUGUUUGAGCAGCUGGAGAAUUUAUCCAGGCCUAGCUGGGACUUGAAACAGGUGGAAAAGAAAAAAAAAAAGCUGGGUUUUGACAAAUAAAGUUUUUGUUAAAUGGAAGUGCAUUAAUAAAAAGUAUUUUACACUUAAAAUACGAUCGUGUUUCCAAGCUCUUCUAGUAGAGCGUGGAAACCCUGAGCACUGAACUUCCAUGGGAAUCAGGAAUCACAUCCAGCCACCAUUCCCAAAUUCCUCGAGCAGCAGAGCUGAGCAGUGACUCCUGGAAAGGUUUGUUUUGGGAGAGGGAGAUGCUGUCUGCAGCUUAACAGAAACACACCAGGGAAAAACCUUCCAUCGCCUCCUUGUGGGAUUCCAAUUAUUGAUUGGUUUCUCCUUAUCUUGUGCCACGCUUGACUCACGGGGUUACUCAGCAAGAAUUUUCCAGCUGAACUUUCCAGCUUGGAGCUGGCAGCUGCUGGGACAGGCGAGGGAAUUCAGUAUUAUCUUCUGCUGUGCUCUGAGCUUCAGCAUCUCCCACAGCCACUCAGAGAACACAGGACCUGGUGGAAUACUGUGGGGUUUGUUCCCAGAUCACCUCAGAAGGUGCCCCCACCAUGUCUGGGAAGAGGUCCAGGUGCUCCUUCUCCAGGCUGGAGGUGAUCCUGAUCGUGUGCCUGGUGCUGAUGAUCUCCCUCACCGUGGCGCUCCUGGUCCUGCACUUCCUCACCAAAAACACCAACGAUUGCACCAACAACAUCAUAGCAGAAGAGGCAAAGUACUUGGUGGGUGUUGGCAGAGCUGACUGCACGGGGCCCGUGGCACAGGUCCCUCUGAUGGGAUAUGCCAACCCUGACCAGGUGGGCGGGGGGCUCCUCUCACGCCUCUACAGCCGAGCCUUCAUCGUGGCAGAGCCCGAGGGCUCCAAACGCGUCGUGUUCGUCAGCGCCGACAUCGGGAUGGUGUCCCAGAGAGUGAGGCUGGAGGUGCUGAAGCAGCUGCGGAGCAAGUACGGCGAGCUGUACCGGCAGGACAACGUCAUCCUCAGCGGCACCCACACGCACUCGGGGCCUGGAGGGUACUUCCAGUACACCCUGUUCUGGAUCACCAGCAAGGGGCUCGUCCAGCCCACCCUCAAGUCCAUCGUGAAUGGCAUUGUCAAGAGCAUAGAUAUUGCCCAUGAGAACAUGAAGAAAGGAAGGCUCUUUAUAAACAGAGGCACAGUGGAAAACAGCCAGAUCAACCGGAGCCCUUUCUCCUACCUCGCGAACCCGGAGUCCGAGCGGAGCAGGUAUUCAUCCAACACGGAUAAAGAAAUGGUGCUGCUGAAGAUGGUAGAUGAGGAUGGACAUGAGCUUGGCCUCAUCAGCUGGUUUGCCGUGCACCCGGUGAGCAUGAACAACUCCAACCACCUGGUGAACAGUGACAACGUGGGCUACGCCUCCUACCUGUUCGAGCAGGAGAAGAACAAGGGAAUGCUCCCUGGAGAGGGCUCUUUCGUGGCCGCCUUUGCCUCCUCCAACCUGGGAGACGUGUCCCCCAACACGCGGGGCCCCUUCUGCGCCAACACGGGCGAGUCGUGUGACAACCCCCAGAGCACCUGUCCCAUCGGAGGGGCAGCCAUGUGCAUGGCCAAGGGGCCCGGGAAGGAUAUGUUUGAGAGCACCAGGAUUAUAGGGCAAAACCUCUACUUGAAAGCAAAGGAGCUGUAUGAAAAGGCCUCCCAGGAGGUGACAGGACCCCUGAGCUCAGCCCACCAGUGGGUGAAGAUGAGCAAUGUGUCUGUGGAGCUGAAUGCCACCCACAUGGUUAAAACCUGUAAACCAGCCCUGGGGCACAGCUUUGCUGCGGGGACCAUUGACGGAGUGGGGGCUUUCAACUUCACCCAAGGCUCAGUGGAAGGGGACCCAUUUUGGGAUCAAAUCCGGGACCAGCUGCUGGGAGAGCCAUCGAACGAAACCAAAGCCUGCCACAAACCCAAGCCCAUCCUCUUCAACACGGGAGAGAUGACCUGGCCCCACCCCUGGCACCCAGACAUCGUGGAUGUGCAGAUUGCUGCCAUCGGGUCCCUGGCAAUCCUUGCUGUGCCCGGGGAGUUCACGACCAUGUCUGGACGCAGGCUACGGGAAGCUGUUCAAAGUGAAUUUGACUCCCAUGGGACACCAGGGAUGAACGUUGUGAUUGCAGGUCUGUGCAAUGUCUACACCCACUACAUCACCACCUAUGAGGAAUACCAGCUUCAACGAUACGAGGCUGCCUCGACUAUUUAUGGGCCACACACCCUUUCUGCUUACAUCCAGCUGUACAGGGGCCUGGCCAAGGCUAUUGCUCUGAAUGGCACUCAGGAGCUGUCCCCUGGUCCAGAGCCCCCACUUUUCAACGUGACCAGCCUGACCCUGCUGCCUUCUCUCAGCGCUGAGAGCGCCCCGGCCAAUAAAAACUUUGGGGAUGUGCUGGAAGAAGUGAGGCAAGAGUAUCGAGAGAGAGAAGUUGCUGAAGUGACUUUUGUGGGUGCGAACCCCAGGAACUCUGCAGAGAACGCGACUGAGCAUAACUUCCUGACGGUGGAGAGAUACUCCAACAUUUCCAGCAGCUGGCGUGUGGUGCUGAACGACGCCUCCUGGGACACCAGGUUUUACUGGAGCAAAGGAUCCCGUGGCCAGAGCAACGUGACCAUUGAGUGGCACAUCCCGGCUGGCACGGAGCCCGGCGUGUACCGGCUCCGCUACUUCGGGCACUACAAGAAGAGGGUGAACCUCUUCCGUGUCAUCACCGUCCCCUUUGAGGGCUCAUCCUCAGCAUUUCAAAUCACAGCUCCAUAGCUGACCCCGUUCCCUAAAGGAACGGGCAGGAGAUUUGGCGUCUGGGCUGUGCAGGGCUUGGACUUGGAUGGUUCUUGUGGGUUCUUUCCAACUCCAGAUGAUUCCAUGAUCUUCUGGGAGGGUUUUCUUGUGGCUCUGGACAUCACUGCUGCCCCUUGAGUGCUGCUGAUUGUCAUUUGAUGUGCAAAGCUCGACUUCCCGGGAAGUUUUGGCUUUUCCCUGCAGCUGAGUCCCCUCAUGUGUCCUCACUCAAGUGGUUUUUGUCCUGGCCAGGCCAGGUUUCAGCUGAUUCUUAUUGUAAUGAUGAUGUAAAUUCUUCUGUAGCCAUUAAACCUGUGCCUAUUGAUGGUGAAUA